AUGACCAAAACGCUUCAACCACAUAGCCUAAAGCUAGUCAUAGAAUGGUUCGAGCUAGAAGACGAUGCAUAUCCAGACGUUGGACUGCCACUAGGAGUCUCAAUCUUCGUCGAACUUCAAGUCGAGCCCAACUCCAUGUUCACUGUGGUGAAGAAUGUCGACGGCGUGAUAAACCUCGAGUCAUCGUGGUACAAAGGGGUUACGAAGAUUGCAGACAAAGCGCCGAAGAACAGUAUCGAAGACGUGGGAGACCAGCCAUCUAGCCUCAAGACUGAGGAGGAGGUCGAUUAUCUUGAAAGUCAGGGUGACUUGUAUUCUGCAAACGAUCUGGACACAAGCGGAGCGAAAUCAGAACUUGAAAGCGUCGCAUCAUCAAGAAGCUCCAUUACUGUGCAAUCUUCUACUCUCAAGCCAAAGUCUAGCAAGAUCCCCGUCCGAAGAUCUGGAUUAGACGGGACAUUCGACGACCUUGACCUUGACCUCGACCUCGACAUCCCCCCUAGUCCAACAUUAUCAUCACAAGAUUCCUUACCCUGGCACUCAAUCAAAGAUAUCGAUGGAUUCAUGGACGAGAAUAGCCAAACAGGCAUCGAUAUCGACGAUCUAUUCACCGAUCUAGAGGACAUUUACCAUCCCAUCCUCCGCUAUGAGAAUGGAGACAUCAACCUACACGCCGCCCGAGAAGUGGAACCAGGCUUCUACAAAGUCGAAAUCGCAUUUUAUCGCCAUUUCACCAAGGAAGACCAAGGCUGGUACGGCGUCGACCUGUGCGAUGUCAUCGAGACCUGUCCACCGAUUCCCGGCAAGAUGGUCUUCAAAUUACAGGACCACCCUUCACUGGCAACUCAGAUCGUCGGUCCUAAACCCGAGGAUCUUCACGAAAUGGAUGAUGGCUCCCUUGAGACUCCCUUUGAUCCGCGAGAGAAGUCGUACUUGGCGUUUUGGGCUUGGACGCAUACUACAUAUCUCGAGUUUUGGGGAGAGAGGGAAGUAGACGAAAAUUAUUAUGAUGACUUGAUUGCGGAUAAUGCGUAUCUGGAUUCUGACGAACUUGUGGAUUAUGUUGAGUUUAUGUUCAAGACGAGGGAUGAUGGGGAGGAGGAUGUGGUUCCUGAGACUAUACAAACCCCUGAAAAGGCACCGAAGUCGAAACAUUACAUGUCCCCUAUUUCCGAGGAGAAUGAAGAGGAGAAGUGUGAAGAUGGCCAGGUCGAUGAUACGGUACAGGAGGAUGUCACGGCAUUGAAUGUUGACGAUGUCGUAUCUGGUUCUGAGUGCUCCACUCCUAUUCCUGAAAAGGAGGAGUGUGAAAGCGAAGAGGAUGAGGAUGUGGUAUUGGAGAAUGCCCCCAUACCAAAUGCUGACAAUGUCGGGUUGGAAUUUGAGGAGGGCCUUGUGACGUCUUCUGUUGAAGAGGAAGUUGAAGAUAUGGUACCAGAUGUCAGCACACCUGACCCUGAAAAUGCAGCAUCGGAUCCUGGGGAGCGCUCCACGAUGCCUAUCAUCGAAGAGACAACCGAGAAUAUGAAGCCAGAGAAUAUCACCGCGCCGAAUAUCGGCAAUGCUGUACACGAAUCCGAAGAAGACGAAGCCAGAUUCGGCGGCCCCUUGGACCCUCUUCCAGAACCCGUCCUCGAUUACGCUGAGUCUCUGAAAUGGUGCCAGAAACAACUUGCCAUGUCGGCUGCACAGGCAGCAUUUCGACGCCAGGCGGUAUUCUGCCUGCAUCGGAUGCUACCUGCUUUGUUUGUUGUCAUUCUCACAAUCUGUACAUGCAUGAAUGGUCCUCCCGUGACAGUUUCGACUCCAACGAGAACAUUGCACACGGUGAAAUACUACGCCAACCAUCUCGGAGGGAUGAGCUACAACGCAUUGAAGAAUGUGAACGUCUCGUUUCCCGAUUUCGGAUUUCACGAGACUGAAUGGUUUCCGUAUGAGACCACCUACACGCCGACAGCGGCAUCUUUGAACGAGAAGGCGGCCGAGGACUUUAGCGAUGUCCAGGAAUAUUUCUUAUGGAAACUGAUCCACGAAACACUGGAGGAAGCGGGGUUUACUGAUUGUCCCCUGGCGUCUGAGUUCGCUGAGCCAACGACAGAGAGUGCGAUAUCGCCAUCAUCUCUUGAUGCAGAAAUGAGUCCACCUCCUGAGAUAACGGCAGAGGCUACUACGACCCCUGAUCCUUCAGCAGAUGUCACAGUCACACUAGCACCCAAUGCAGAAAUAACAUCAACCCUCGACCACGCAACGCCACCUCCCGCGUCAACAGAAACGGCAGCUCACUCCUUCGCAAUUGAACAAGACACUUCCCUGCACCUCUGCCCUUCACGCCAUCGUAACCCCAACGACCCCUACCCACACAACGGCCCCCAUCCUCCUCCUCCACCUCCUCCCGCUCCAUUAUCAGACAUCCUCGCUGGCUUCGCGAAGGGUGUCUUGCGUCACAUUGCCUGCUCCACGUCACCGAUCUGCACGAUUUCGCGUAUAAGUGACAAGUAUGAUCCUCCCUGGGGGGUAUUUUAUCGAUUUGACUGUGAUGGGCAAGGAGGCUUGGAAGACGUAUACGAGACGGGAUAG